UUCUGGGCCCAAGUGAGGACCUCAUACUACCCUACAGCUAUCUCCAUUGUGCUUUUCCUGUCCUCCCUCCUCAAGCAGGUCCCAGAUGGCGAGCCUGAGGAACAGCAGCACAGUGAUAGAGUUUAUCCUUGUGGGUUUUGAGCACAGCUCCCCUUCCACUCGGGCAUUGCUCUUUGCCCUCUUCCUGGUCCUCUACAGCCUUGCCAUGGCCAUGAAUGGCCUCACCAUCUUCAUCACCUGGACAGACCCGAGGCUCAGCAGCCCCAUGUACUUCUUCCUUGGCCACCUAUCUCUCCUGGAUGUCUGCUUCAUCACCACCACCAUCCCGCAGAUGCUGAUCUACCUGGUGGUCAAGAACCACACUGUCUCCUUUGUCUCUUGCAUGGCCCAGAUGUACUUGGUCUUCUGCGUGGGUGUGGCUGAGUGCAUCCUCUUAGCUUUUAUGGCCUAUGACCGUUAUGUUGCUAUCUGCCACCCACUUAGCUAUGCCCAGAUCAUGAGCCAGAAGAUCUGUGUCAGACUGGUGGGUACUGCCUGGUUCUUUGGGCUCAUCAAUGGCAUCUUUCUUGAGUAUAUGUCAUUCCGGAAUCCUUUCUGCAGGGACAACCACAUAGAAAACUUCUUCUGUGAGGCCCCCAUAGUCAUCGCCCUCUCUUGUGGGGACCCUCAGUUUAGUCUGAGGAUGAUCUUUGCUGAUGCCAUCGUGGUGCUGCUCAGCCCCAUGGUGCUCAUUGUCACCUCCUAUGCCCGCAUCCUGGCCUCUAUCGUCGGGAAAGCCUCCUCCUCAGGUCGGGGGAAGACUUUCUCUACUUGUGCUUCCCACCUGACUGUGGUCAUCUUUUUCUACACUUCAGCUAUGUUCUCUUACAUGAAUCCCCGCAGCACACAUGGGCCUGACAAAGACAAGCCUUUCUCCCUCCUCUACACCAUCAUCACCCCCAUGUGCAAUCCCAUCAUCUACAGUUUCCGCAACAAGGAAAUGAAGGGGGCCAUGGCGAGGGCCCUUGGGAGAAGCAGCCUGACCAGGUAGAGUCUGUCUAGCAGGAAGGCCCCUGGAGGGGAAGCUCCCUCCCCUGGGCUGGGGUG